AAUAUAAAAUCAGGGACCAAGUUCAGAAUUUACACAUUCACAAACCACAGCUGGGCUCGAAACUUCGAUCACAAGUUGGGUCGUCAGUUUGGAUUUGGAAUCCUGAGCCCGACCCAUCUCUAUGUGAAGUCCAGUUAAACUUGGGCGGUAACUGCGCCGGACGGAGGAAGGGGAGUCGCAUGUCAAGGCAAGUUCUUCCUCUCUUUGAUAAUCUUCACCGGGGAGUCCUUAGCUGCUUAACAUCGGCGAAAUCAUCUCUCUUGCAUGUAUGCCAGGCUCAUGCCCACAUCCUCAAAGUAGGAAUCAUCUAUGACACAGUACUGUCCUCAAGACUGCUCGCUCUCUAUUCCAACCACCAAUGCUUUGCCGAAGCACAGCUCGUCCUUCACUCAAUCCCGGAACCCUCCGUCCUCUCCUUCGCCAACCUCAUAUACGCACUCACAAGGUCCAAUCUUUUGGCGUUAUCACUCGAUGUAUUCUCUCAGAUGCUCUCUCAUGAUAUCUGGCCCGAAUAUCGAAUUCUCCCCAAUAUCAUCAACGCUUGCGGCGGGUUGUCGGCGUUAGAAACAGGCAAACAGGUUCACGGAAUUGUGUUUAGAUCUGGGUUGGAUUCAGAUUAUUUUGUUCAAGGCUCUUUAGUAAACAUGUACGUUAAAUGUGGCGAGAUAAGGGAUGCCCGCAAAGUGUUUGAUAGAUUGCCUCAACGUCAUGUUGUUUCUUGUAGCGCUUUGAUUUCUGCUUAUGCUCGGAAAGGGUGUGCUGAUGAGACGAUGAGGCUUUUUAAUGAAAUGAAAGAUUUUGGAGUGAAGCCUAAUUUGAUAACAUGGAAUGGUGUGCUUUCGGGGUUCAAUCAGAGUGGACACUGUCGGGAGGCUGUUGUUAUGUUUCAAAAAAUGCAUUCAGAGGGGUUUCAGCCUGAUGAUACUACACUCUCCAGCAUACUUUCUGCAGUGGGGGACUUGGAGGAGUUAAAUAUAGGGAUUCAGGCACAUUGUUGUGUGAUCAAACAAGGUCUUGGACAGGAGAGGUACAUUCGGUCUGCACUUGUGGAUAUGUAUGGAAAAUGUGCUUGUGCAUUGGAGUUGUCACAGGCCUUUGAUGAACUGGAUGAGAAGGAUAUAGGUGCUUGCAAUGCUUUAAUAACUGGCCUGUCCCGAAAUGGAGCUAUUUAUCUUGCUUUGAAGGUGUUUGAGCAAUUUAGGGUCGAAGGGAUGGAAUUGAAUGUUGUAUCUUGGACAGCAAUUAUUGCUGGUUGCACUCAGAAUGGAAAAGAUAUUCAGGCGCUUGAGCUUUUCAGAGAGAUGCAGAGUGCAGGGCUGAAGCCGAACUCUGUAACAAUACCUUGCUUGUUACCAGCAUGUGGAAACAUUGCAGCAUUGAUGCAUGGAAAGGCAGCCCACUGCUUUGUCCUUAGAACAGGAAUUGCUGAUGAUCAUCAUGUUGGUAGUGCAUUAAUUGACAUGUACGCCAAAUGUGGAAGAAUACACAUGUCUCGACUUUGUUUUGAUAAGAUGCCAACCAAAAACUUGGUCUGCUGGAAUGCGAUACUGGGAGGAUAUGCAAUGCAUGGAAAGACUAAGGAAGCUAAGGAGAUUUUUGAUUUGAUGCAAAGAGCAGGUCAUAAGCCUAAUAUUAUCAGCUUCUGUUGUAUAUUAUCUGCAUGCAGCCACAGUGGCUUAGUGGAAGAAGGCUGGUCUUAUUUUAAUAGCAUGACCAAAGAGCAUGGAAUUGAAGCAAAAAUGGAGCACUAUGCCUCUAUGGUAAACCUUCUUGGUCGUGCUGCAAAGCCAGAAGAGGCAUAUGCAUUGAUCAAGCAAAUGCCAUUUGAACCCAAUGCCUGUGUUUGGGGAGCUUUGCUUGGUUCUUGUAGACUUCACAAUAAUGUUGGUUUAGGUGAGAUUGCUGCGAAGAAACUCUUUGAGUUAGAACCAGAAAAUCCGGGAAAUUAUGUUCUUCUGUCCAAUAUAUAUGCAUCCAAGGCAAUGUGGACUGAAGUAGAUGCAGUGCGAGAUAUCAUGAUUAAUAGAGGGUUGAAGAAAAACCCUGGGUGCAGUUGGAUUGAGAUCAAAAACAAAGUACACAUGCUUCUUGCAGGAGACAAAUCACAUCGAGAAAUGCCCCAAAUUCUUGAGAAGUUAAAUGAGUUGAGCAUGGAGAUGAAGAAAGUAGGUUAUUGCCCAGAGACUGAUUUUGUGUUGCAAAAUGUGGAGGAGCAGGACAAGGAGCAGAUGCUGGGUGAACACAGCGAGAAAUUGGCUGUAGCAUAUGGUCUUCUUAACACUUCUCCUGGCUCUCCACUUCAAGUUAUUAAGAACCUCAGAAUCUGUCGUGAUUGUCAUGCUUUUAUGAAAUCUAUAUCCAGCCUUGAAGAAAGAGAAAUAUUUGUCUGGGAUACAAAUCGGUUUCAUCAUUUCAAAGAUGGAAUCUGUUCUUGUGGGGAUUUUUGGUAAAUGGUUUCUAUGGCAAACUCAUGGAGACUGAUUUAUGACAUUACCAUUUAAAAGCAUUUUUUUCUUAAUACAACCUUGUAGGUAAAUAUUCUUUUAGCUCUUGGACAUGAAGUUCAGAUGAUCGAAUAACUGAGUUGGGAAUAUACAUUUUUUGAAAAU